GGUUUGUUUAGGACAAGUGGCGCGGCGAGGCGGCGACACGACCCCUUCAGUCACUGGCCUCUCUAUCUCCCACACGCCUGAUAUCUUCCCGUCACACGCCUCUCCCUCCACUCAGUGUUCCUCGGCAGUGCCCCGCGAGCCGUCAUGCACCGCCUCGCAGUAUUCUUCACAUUCCUGUUGGGGGGAGCAUCUGCCCUCUACUCAUCAUCCAGUGGAGUUGUCGACCUCACGCCUGCCAACUUCCAGCGGGAUGUGGUCAACGGUGAUGAAGUUUGGGUCGUAGAAUUUUAUGCUCCUUGGUGUGGACACUGCCAGAGACUUGUUCCCGAGUACCAGAAAGCAGCACAGGCUCUCAAAGGUGUGGUGAAGGUUGGAGGAGUUAAUGCGGAUGAUCACAAGAGUCUGGCACAGCAGUUUGGUAUUAGUGGAUUUCCAACCAUAAAAAUAUUUGGACUUGACAAGAAAAAACCUCAAGAUUACAAUGGACAGCGAACAGCCAAAGCCAUUGUUGAUUUUGCAUUGAACGUUGCUAAAGAGAAAGUCAAUGCUCAGCUCUCUGGAAAGAAGAGUGGAGGUGGUGGCGGUGGCAGUGGUGGUGGCGGCAGCUCUGGCAGCGGUGAUUCUGAUGUCAUUGAGCUCACCGAUAGUAACUUUGAGAAGCUUGUUCUGAAGUCUGAUGAUAUGUGGCUUGUUGAAUUCUUUGCUCCUUGGUGUGGCCACUGCAAGAAUUUGGCACCUCAGUGGGAAAUUGCAGCCACUGAUCUGAAGGGCAAGGUUAAGCUUGGAGCUCUGGAUGCCACUGUCCACUCGGUGAUGGCCAGCAGGUACGGAGUGCAGGGUUAUCCCACCAUCAAGUUCUUCCACAAGGGUGAUGUUGAGGAUUACGAUGGAGGCCGAACGGCUUCUGAUAUUGUGGCGUGGGCAACUGAUAAAGCUGCUGUUAACAUUCCACCACCUGAGGUCAAGCAAAUCAUCAGCAAUGCUGUUCUUGAUGAGACUUGUAAGGAACACCCUAUCUGUGUGAUUGCCAUCCUUCCUCACAUUCUUGACUGCCAGAGCAAAUGUCGCAACAAUUAUAUCCAGAUGCUCACCAGGCUUGGAGACAAAUACAAACAGAAGAUGUGGGGCUGGGGCUGGGCAGAGGCCAUGGCACAGUCAGAUCUUGAACAGGCCUUGGACAUUGGUGGCUUUGGGUACCCGGCAUUAGCAGCUCUUAAUGCAAAGAAAAUGCAAUUUGCACUUUUGAAAGGAUCCUUCAGUGAGGAUGGAAUUAAUGAGUUCCUGAGGGAUAUUUCUUAUGGUCGCGGCCGGACGGCUCCUGUCCGUGGAGCACAGCUGCCCAAGGUGGCGGAGAUGGAGCCGUGGGAUGGGAAGGAUGGGGCGCUGCCAGAGGAGGAAGACAUUGAUCUGUCUGAUGUUGAACUGGAUGAUUUUGAUACAAAAACUGAAUUAUAAGUGGCUGUGUUAAGUUGCUUAAUGGGAACAAUAGCAGACUUUCUCAUGUUGAGAACAUACUGACGGUGCAGUUCAGCAGCAGCUUAUUUAUGCUGUGCAUUAUUGUCCAAUGUAGUUUUUUUAAUACAUGUACUUGAAAAUUUUGAAGACUUCUUACCAUGCAUUUGUUGAAAAAUUGUUCUCAAUUAAUGAAGUGUGUGUAGUAUUAAGUAAUUUAACUACCAUACGCAUUAAAUCAACUACCACACAUUGAAGUAAGUGCUUUUCUAAACUACUAACUCUAAAGGUCAUGUUAUCAGUGAAUGUUUUCAUGAAGAGAUGACAAGGGAGUAAGACUGUGACAAUCUGCAUUUGUUUGUUAGCUGCACAAAUUAAUUUGGUGGUUUGUGUGACAUUGAAAGUAUGGAUUAAACAUUUUGUAUGA